AUGGACUUGUUCUCAAGGCCCAGUCAUCAAAUGACCGGAGUCAAAGUCCCCGCAAAUCAACGGGAAAACCGAGAGCUGAAAGCGGGAUUUGAUGAGGAUGACAACGAAGACAUCGCUUAUCUCAAUUUUAGGUUAUUAUGGUAAGUUGUUUUCACUUAUAUUUACAUGUAUCGCAAGUCAACGAGUUAAAUUUUCGAUCAAGAAGGGUCUUUCCGGCGGGGAAUUAAGAUUUGCGGUGAACUUUCUGUUUUAGUUCUGAGCUAGCGGCAAAUCAUUCCAUAAAAGCUUUAUAAAAUAAAUCAUUUUUCUGCGGCGGAGAUAUUCAACGGUAUUUUUUGCGAGAGAGGAUAAAAAAUUAGGAGAAUCGGCAAGACAAAAAAAAAAUUUUUAGGCUGUAAUCUGUUCGCUAUUGCAUGAAAACUAGGGUUCCCUACUUGAGCCUUUAUUUUCAAUAAUUUUUUGGGGUUAAAGGAUUGAUAAAUAUCUCCACUGCCUCAGUAAAACGCGCUCUUAAACUUUAAUUAACUUAUCGAUCACCUGCAUUUAUCGGAUGUACAAAUUUUAAAAAAAAUCUGAGCCUAUCUGAAAAAAAUUAUAUCCUAAUUUGUCAUCAUUGCUCAAGCUUGCUCUGCUUUCUUCACAGCCCAUCAUAUGUCUCAAAAAUUCCCUUUUUAGGCCUCUAGCCGCUACCACAGUAAUGUCGAUAUUCUUCUUGAUACUCACAGUGCUCACCAUGAAUGUAUCUCCACAUACAAGUUUUGAGAAUUUCGCGUUAAAUCAACUGUUCUACACGUACGGAAAGAACUAUGGGUUUUGUAAUGUAAGCCAAUUUCUUGAUGACUAUUAUGAGUUUAGAACACCAAUCCCUACGAGGAAGGAAUGUAUCCGUCGAUAUUACGUCACGUUGAGAUGAAGGUUAUAUGCAACGUCUUCUUCCGCGUGGCUGUUUGUGUCCCGCUGGCGUUCCGAUUAUUCAUUGUGAUGUUGAUGAGGUAACGUUGGGUUUCGCGGGCAAAAUAUACGAGUUUGAUUUAUAGGAAUGAUGGAAAUACAGAUCCAGAAAUAACUGGAAAUAUCUUCAAGAAAACUGUAAAUGAAGUUGCUCAAAUUCUCGGGCUUAUUGGGCCAACUGCAUUGUCGCUUUUUUCAAUCAUUACGAUUCGAUUUGAUUUUCCAGGUAAGAUAAUGGCUUCAAAAAAGAGAUCAAAAAACUGUUUUUUUGUUUAUAAGACUGUUGCUGGGGAUGAAGCUUUCUUUAUUAGGGACUGUAGCUAAAAUUUGACCGAUCUUCAAGAUCCUUAAAGUGAGCGUUUUGACAAACAUUUUUUUGAGGAAAAAAACUUUGUAGAAAAAAAUAUAUUCAGUGAAAAUAGAACUGUAAUAUGCUUAACUUUACAUUGAAAUUGUUUUUCUAAUGCUUCACGCUUCCCGAUCCCCAGCUGGGCCCCAGUAGAAAACUUGGCCAAGAAGGUCUUGACUGGUAAAAUUUUCAAUCCCAUUAAAAAACGUCCUCAUAGGGAAGUCUUUCACGCGGGAUUGAGCAUUCGAUGAAGCCUACAGUGGGGGACCUGAUCCAGUGGCAAAAACGUACCAUCUUGCACCCGGGAAGUAUCAAAAAUGUGGCAAAAUGCUUCCCUCUCCAAGUGAAAAACCUCCGAUUUCAAAAACGCACCCGCUCUUUUUGCGUGGCCCUUCAAAAAGAAGUUUUUUCACUUGGAGAGGGAAGCAUUUUGCCACAUUUUUGAUGCUUCCCGGUUGCAAAAUGGUUCGUUUCUUGCCACUAGAUCAGGACGUGGCAAAAUUUUGAGAAAAUCUAAACCCCCUCGUUUCAGAGAUCUACAGGAUAUCCUUCUCCACCUUCAUCGUAACAACCACCGUCUACAUGGUGCUGCGAUUCGCUUUAGCCUUCGGAAAACAGAAUCAGCAAUGUCUGGACAGCAUUUCCUUCUACCUGAAAGGAAUUUGCAUGCUGAUCUUCAUCUGGACCGGCAGCAAAUUCCUCGAUCUUCACAUGAAAUUCAUCUCGGACACGGGAUGUCAUGCCUACGUCAGUCCGCGGGACGCGUUGAACGAGUACUUUUGUUGGGGCGCCUACUUCAUCUUCCACAUGACCAACCUGAUCGAUGUGAGAGAUUUGAGGUUUAUUUGUUAUCCCCGAACUUGUGCCGGAGAAUGCGAGCCCUUGAGGCCGGAGAACUUCCGCAAAGGCGCCAAGUAUGAGCAUUGUCGGGCCUAUGAGCUGAGGCAAAGGCAGUUGUUGGGACGAUAG